AUGGCUGCUGACGCUGCGGCCGACCUCGACAUCUUGAUCCAACAGCUUGAGCGUGUAAUCGCCAAUCCCGAAGCAGCCGUGGCCGCUGGUUCCAAGAGGCACCAGGUUCUGCAACUGGCACGAGCUGCAGCAGUUGCAAUCGAAGAGCCGUUUGAGACACUCCAACGCGUCGGGUACUCUCCGCUCCCGUUGAUAACGACUCGGAUUGCCCAGGAGCACGGCAUCUUCGCCACUCUAGUUGCUUCCAAAGAACCCGUCUCCUUUGCAGCCCUUCAAGAUGCCAGCCGUCUGGAAGCCGGCGUCCUUGAAUCUAUUCUGGACUACAUGUGCACUCAGCGAAUGGCGAAUGAGGUCGUCCCCGGGUGUUUCACCCCCACAAGGCUAUCCAACUUGAUGACACUCCCGCUGUUCCGAGACGCCGUGACGCACUUCCACGACACCCGCCUUCCUGGACUCGCGGCGCUCAACUCGGUCCUCCGCCAGCCCGGGGCCAAGCUCAAUGCUUUCAAGGCCGGUCACCGCACUGACCAAGACUUCUACACGUGGCUGUCAACGCACCCUGUGCACGAUAGGGCCUUCCAUCGGUAUAUGGAAGCCCAAUUCGCAAGCCUCCCAACGUGGCUCGACGUCGUCGACUUCGAGGCGGAUUUCGGCAACGACCUCGCCCCGUCCGACGUGGCUUUCGUAGACGUCGGGGGUGGCAACGGCCAACAAUGCGCCCUACUCAAGAACAAGUUCCCCGGUCUACAGGGCCGAAUCAUCCUUCAGGAUAGACCCCAUGUUCUCCAAACAGCAUUGUCGGUGGAAAACAUGGAAAAGAUGUCCCACGACUACCUUACAGAACAGCCUGUCAAGACUCCCGGCCAUGGGUCCCGUAGCACCAUCGUCAUCGAUGAGAAAGCCCUGCCGGAUACAAAGCACACUUGGAGGACGCCAGGAGUGGAGUACACCGCCGCCCUGGGCAUAUGCAUGAAGGUCCUGUUCGAUGCACAGGAGCGCCGAGAGGCACAGUGGCGGGAGUUGCUCGCUCAGGCCGGCCUUGUGAUUCAGGAUAUUCGGAGAUUUACCAGGUUUGAGGACUCGGCCAUCAUCGUUACAAAGGCUCCGUGA